AUGCCCGGAGUUCCGUCCAACAAGGCCUGUGAGCGCUGUAAGAAGAGGCAUCUCAAGUGUGACGAGACGCGUCCAAGCUGCCAGCGGUGUGCCAAUGCUGGCGUUGAAUGUCCCGGAUAUGUCCAGACUCGAAAAUUUAUAGACCAAGGUGCCUCAGUAAGGCGGCGAUAUGCGCCAUACAAAGAAGGCAACCCUAAAUCGAAUGCGGCGAAGACAUCAGAUAGUACGGCCGGUGAUCAUCCACCAGCCAAUGCUACUUUGCUGCGUUCCGACUUAGCUGCCUCUACAGGUUGGCAAUCUGGCGCAAUGAACUACUCUGAUAUGCAGUCACCCAUCCAGGAUCUACGAAGCGAUCAAGUGAAUGCACCUUUUCAUGUUGGCCCAGCCGCUCAGAUGACAAAUUCCACCGUUGCUGAAGUAGUGCCCGUUGACGUCUCAGGCCCGGGGCAAUCAAGCAAUGGUUCUAGCAGAAGUGUUGAUCUGAGUCCAAUAACGCCAAAUAAUGCACCCACUGAGCCAUUUAGUGCCAUGAACAAUUCGUACCGCGAAAACAGGCAAAUGCAAAGAUCUCCGAACGCGGGUUUGAUCCAAUCAACGAGCCCCUCCCAACAUAGCGAGAGGGAAGAGUUUCAACAUAUCUUUUCCGAACUGAUGAAAGGUACAGAGCAUGAAAUAGCUUUUCUCAUCCGGUAUUUCUCCGAAACGCUUAGUACUUGGCUAGAUCUCUCAGACUCGCGCAAGUUCUUUGGAGCUUAUGUUCCAGUACGCUCUAUCAAUGAAUCAUUUCUCAAGUUUUCCAUUGCGGCCCUUUCCGCGAAACACCUUGGUCGCAUGAAAGGAGCAACAGUGCACGUUACUAGUGGGAUGUUCACGAGCCCUGCAACAAUGGAGACGUAUCCGAACGCCGCGCAGGUAGACUGGUUUCUUAAGGCUGCCAAUUACUACUUCCUAGCUGUUUCCCGUAUGAACUCGAGCAUUUCCGAUACCUACACGUCGGCGUCCAGCUCUGCUAUUUUAGAGUCGCCAAUUGAGAUCGUUCGGAAAUGGUUAAAUCUCCACGUGCAGCAGCCUACAUCUCAAACACUCGCGGAAGAAGCGACGGCUAGCACAUUCUGGAGGAAAACAGAGAACCUGUUAGCUGCUUCGGCAAUCUUAACUAUGUACAAGUUACUCGAUGAAAAAGGCGAAAACUGGCAAUCACAGCUCAGAGGCAUUAGGCCAUUAUUUGAAACCUUGUUGGAACUGCAUACCUCCAAAUCAGACCGACCUGAAUUCUCCCAAGGCGCUACAGCGGCAUUUUGGAACUUUGCCCGGCAAGAUUACCUCGCCUCAUAUUACACACGUUGUCCACCGCACUUCGAUCACCAGAAUCUCCCUUUAUGGCGAGCUGUAGGCCUUCCCAUCGACCAGCAAGGGAACAUAUUGUCAUUCGAAUCCCGUUCUCCCAAUAUAGCCACUCCCCGUUCGCCCGAAGACUUCGCAGCAACCAGUCUCAUCUGGCUCCUCAACAAAGUUAUCAACUUCCUAGCCGAAUCCAAGAAAUCCCAAUUAGAACAAUGGACCGGUCAAACACCCAACGUCCCUUCCUCCACCCUGACAAUCACCCCCACCACUACCACUCCCCCCCGAUCCUACCCAACAACAUCAGCCUGGCUCAAACUCUCCUUCGAAUUUCAAUCCUGGCUUGAACGCAUACCCGAGACUUUCCGCCCAUGUAUACGUCUCGAACACCCAAAAGACGUCUCCAAGCUCCCUGAAAUCCACCACAUGCCAUUCCCCGAGAUCUUUUACGGUCUUACCUCCUGUGCCGCAGCAAUGCAGCAGUACCAUUUCGGUCGUCUCGCGCUCUCGUUAAACCGCCCAUCAGACGAAGUCACGGGGCCAAGUACCGCUUUCGAUCGUCUCCAGGGCUAUCGCGAUCUCAUGAAAGAGACUGAUUAUAGAUGUAAGGAGAUCUGUGGUAUUGCGCUCUCGCGUCCGAAAAGUGCUGCGCGCUUCUACAUGGUUCCGCUUUUGUAUGCCGUCGGGCAAUGUUUUGAGAAUCCGGAGGAACGUCAGAUCGUUACGGAUUUGCUGCGUGGAAUCGAAGCAGACUUGGGGCUGGCGACUGCGGAACAGUUGCAGAAGUUGCAAAGUGCGUGGUGUCAAACUUAG